AUGACUACCUAUCGGCCACAAGCUAGUGGUCAUGUGAAAGUCUCCAACCUGGUGAUUAAGAGUAUCUUGUCUAAAACCGUGAAUACAAACCGGGCAGAUUGGUCCAAGAGGCUUGAUGAUGCACUAUGGGCAUAUCGGAUGGAUUAUAAAACGCCUAUCAGGAUGUCUCCAUGCCGGUUAGUGUUCAGGAAAGCUUGUCAUCUUCCGGUGAAACUAGAGCACAAAGCAAUGUGGGCCUUGAAGAAAUUGAAUCUUGAUUGGGAUGAAGCUGUUAACUUGCGGGUUACACACUUGAAUGAACUGGAUGAGUUCCGAUAUCAUACUUGUGAGAGUUUGUCCUUGUAUAAAGAAAAGAUGAAAUGUCUUCAUGACAAGUACAUUUGUAACAAAGAGCUCAAGGCCUGUGAUCUAGUGUUGUUGUUUAACUCAAGGUUGAGGAUGUUUCCUGGGAAACUUAAGUCCAAGUGGAGUGAUCUAUUUGAAAUUGUUGGUGUGACACCCUUCAAUGCAUUGGAUUUGAAGAACAAAAAGAAUGAAAUAUUUCGAGUCAAUGGUCACCAGGUGAAGCACUACUUGGGAAACGUUGGAGAGAGUCAUGUGGCGGCGGUUAUUUAUUUCACAUGA